AAGUUUGUGUCAUAUUUGAAAUUAUAAAAUCAAACAUUAAAUACAUUAAUUUGAUAACCGUAAACGCACCACUGCACUGUGAUUUUUUCACUAAAAUUAUUUUCAAAAGUUUGAAUUUGGUACCUGUGCUUCAGCAAGUUUAUAUUUUUUUAAUGGCGGGGUUAGAAGGCUUGAGUGAUCAUGAUAAGGCCGUGUUGAGGAGUAUUUUCGAUCCCACGGCUACUAUUGCUGAUGUCGAUGUGAAUGAAGAUACAUUUGAGGAGGCGGAUUAUGAGGCAACAACCGACGCUGAAAAGCAAUCAGUGCAACUCUGCGCCCGAGGAGUACGAUUAGCCAAUGAAGGCAAACUGGACGAAGCCUUGGAGGUGCUCAGUAAAGGCGUCGAGUUAGCCCCGGAGCGCGCGUCCGCGUACAAUGACAGAGCGCAGCUGUUACGUCUCAUGAAGAAAGAUGACGAAGCCAUGGCGGACUUAGACCGCGCACUCCAGCUGACGUCAGGGCGAAAAACAAAAGCGCGCGCACUAGCGCUGUGUCAGCGUGGCGUCCUCCUGCGAAAGCGCGGCCAGGACGCCCGCACAGUGUUCCUCGAGGCAGCCAAGCUUGGCAGUGGAUUCGCCAAAAAACAGGUGGUCGAGCUGAAUCCCUACGCUGCUCUCUGCAACCAGAUGUUGAGUGAAGUCAUGAGAGGAGGAGAGGUGAAAUUGGCCGGCAUCCCGGAGUCAGAACAGUAAGGAUGGUGGAAUUGAGUAUUUGUAGGUUUUAACAAGCUCACAGCCGUUGUAUUUUACCUAUACAAUGACAGGAAUACUUGCCGUAGACUAGGGUGGUCCUUAUUUCGUCGAAGUUAUAUUUUUCUACAGGGCAUCUGCUUUAUGUGAAAUCUACCACUAAAAAAACCCUACCUACAUUAAGAGAGAAUAAAUUCAUAGUGGAGAGGGAAUAAAACUCACAAAAUCUAAUGGAUUAGAAAUUUAUAUUGUUGAAUACAAUCGACAUCCACUUUCAAGAAAAUUCCAUACAAUCACUCAAACGGAGGUAUUUGCCCCCGAGCGAACCAGCCCGACCCAAUAUCAUCGAAAAUGACAAUUUUACAUUUUGAAAAUGACAAAUUUUACUACAAAUCGAAAUAUCGUUAACUACACUAAAGAUUACUUAGAAUAUGCAAUAAAAUCUCAUAAAUAUACUAAAUGAAGAUCAUGUGCAGAAAUUUAUUGUAUAAAGAAGAUAUUUUUGUUAGUAAAAUUUCCACACACAACCAUUAAAAUUUGUAAAAUUCAAA